AUGCCCGGGGACGCCGAGGAGAUCAUCCGUCUGCGCAAGCCCCGCUUCUCCUACGAGGAGAACCAGAUCCUCAUCCAGGAGGUGCGCGCCCACUACACCAAGUUGUAUGGCGCCCAGAGCCGGCAGGUGACGGUGGCCGAGCGCCGGCGCGUCUGGGAGGGCAUCGCCGCCAAGAUCAACACCAUCACCAGCUGGAAGCGGACGGGCCAGGAGGUGCAGAAGCGCUGGAAUGACUUCAAGCGACGCACCAAGGAGAAGCUGGCGCGGGUGCCCCACUCCACCCAGGGCGCUGGGGGAACGGCUGCCAGCGAGGAGACCUUCUCGGCGGAGGAGGAAACCAUCUUUGCCAUCCUGGGGCCCGGCGUGGUGAUGGGGCCCGGUGGGGCCGAGCAGCACCCCACAGCCUUCGCCCACAGAUACCACCACGGCUCUGAGACGCUGGCCGGGGGCAAGGUCUCCUCCAGCCCCGAGCCCUCGGUCCAGCCCCCGUGCUGCGCCCUGGAUGGGGUCCUGCUGCAGCCCAAGGAGCGGGACUCGCCGGCGCCCCCCUCGGCCGAGCCCUCUCUGCAAAUCAUGCGGUUGGCACCCUCGCCGGCCGGGCUGGGCCGCCGGCCGCACCCGGGACACUCGCCCACAGAGCAGCCAUGCAGGGAGCGGCUCCCGGGCUCCCCGCCGCCCCGCCGCCGGUGCCCGCGCCCUGAGCCGCCCCUGGAGCCCUCGCUGGAUCUCCUGGCUGCCCAGCGGGAGACGGCCGAGGCCAUCCGCGACCUGACCUACACCGUGCACCACAGCCUGGACCGUCUCACCAACGUGGUAGCUGCCCUCCUGCCCCUCCUCCCGGCCCAGGGACCCGGCCUGGGCGCCCCCCGAGGGGGCCUCUUCCACCAGCAGGCGCCCGUCGGCUCCCCACUGCCAGCACCCCCCGCCAAGAGCCCACUCCCCGCCGAGACCUUCGCCGCCAAGGUGGAAACGUCCCCUGAGCCGGCAGAGAAUGCGGGACAAUCCCAAGGGGUCCUCCCCGCCGAGGCCCACCCCUGCCGCAGCUCCCCGCCACUGAAGCGAAGGAAGGGGAUCCCCACUCGGAAGCGUAGGGGGCGCUGGAAGAAUCUGUGA